AUGUCUCUCCCACCCCUCAACCCUAUUGUCCUCCAUAUCCCACCGGAGAAGGUAAUAUGUGCGAAUUACCCGAUGACCAACCCAUAUAUAGGUGUUGCAGACCCCCUGACCCACAAGCUUGUGAUGGAGAUACACUCAUGGCAAGCGCCGAACCAAGAGAAGACAGAGAUGAUGGUAACGCUCAAGUUACCAUAUGAAAUCCACCAAGCAAUGAGAGCCUUGUCUGCUGCCUACAGAUGCACUUUCCCAAACACUGAUAACCAUAUGAAUAACACACACAAUAUUCACAACAAUCUUCCUCCCAUCACGUGUAUGGUAUGGAAUGUUCAAGGAGCAGGAAGCCGCGAAUUCUUGGCUGCUUUAAGGGAAGUUGUCCGAACUCACAAACCAAUGGUCAUGGCCCUAGUUGAAACACACAUAGGAGGUGACCAUGCCUCAAAGAUAGCGACCAUGUUGAACUAUAAUGGUCACACUCGUAUGGAUGCCCAAGGCUUUAGUGGGGGAAUUUGGGUGUACUGGAAACCUGAAUUAGUCACAAUUGAUCCAAUUGACCAACACAACCAGUACUUCACAAUGGAGAUAACUCGAGACGGUGAAGUUCCCUGGUACUUCACAGCCAUUUAUGCCAGUCCGGAUCCUGUGAAAAGACAUGAACUAUGGAAAAAACUGGAGGAGUUUGCCCAUAACAACAACAAACCCUGGAUGCUAGCCGGUGAUUUCAAUGAAACACAAGCUGAUUGGGAAAGGAGUUCGAGUUGUUCGGAGACAAGGAGAAGAACAGCCAAAUUCAACAACUGGAUUGAGAGAAACCAGUUACUUGAGGACUUCUCAGAGAACCUACAACAAUGGAACAAUGACACUUUUUAUAACAUCUUCCGGCAAAAGAAGACUUUAAUAGCAAGAAUUGGUGGUAUCCAAAAGAGCUUAGCUAAAGGCCGUAACUCAACCCUCCUAAAACUUGAAGGUACUCUGCGUAGAGAACUUGAUAUGGUUCUAAGCCAGGAGGAAUUGCUAUGGUAUCAAAAGGCACGGGUGGAGUGGAUCACUAAUGGUGAUCGUAAUACAACUUUCUUUCACCUGAGCACAAUCAUUAGAAGAUGGAAGAAUAAAACAACUGCCAUAAAGAAUGGAGACGGCCAAUGGAUUUUUGACAAAGAUCAAGUGAAAGAGCUUGUGGUUAAUUAUUUUGCUACCUUGUUUACUGAAGAUGGAAGCAAUGUUAACUAUGACAUCCCUUCUGGGGUAAGCCCGCAACUCUCGUCUGAUGAUUGGGCCAAGCUGAACAGGAGAUACAAUAAGAGUGAUAUUGAAUGUGUUAUAAAGAAUAUGGGCUCCUUGAAAGCCCCGGGCCCAGAUGGGUACCAAGCCCUUUUCUACCAGAAAAAUUGGGAUAUUGUAGCCCCAAAUGUCUACGCUAUGGUGCUAUCAACACUCGAAGGUAAAGGUCUGCCCCCAUCCAUCAAUGAAACCUUUCUGGUGCUUAUACCAAAGACAGAUAACCCGAAGCUGCCUUCUCAGUUCCGCCAAAUAGGUCUGUGCAAUGUCACGUACAAAAUAAUCACCAAGGCCAUUGUGAACCGUAUUAAAAUGGUUCUCCCUCACAACACUUCAAAUACGCAGACAAGCUUUGUUCCGGGCCGUCAAAUAACCGACAAUAUUGUUAUUGUCCAAGAGAUCCUCCACACAAUGAAAAGAAAGCAGGGAGCGAAAGGAUAUAUGGCUAUAAAAAUUGAUUUCGAAAAGGCCUACGAUAGGCUUCGAUGGUCCUUUAUUUGGGAUACUCUCAAUGAAAUGAAUUUCCCCCUUCUCAUGAAUGAAGUUAUCAUGGAAUGCAUCUCCUCCCCUUCUAUGCGCAUAUUGUGGAAUGGUGAACAGACUGCUUCCUUCACCCCGACCCGAGACAUACGACAAGGCAACCCGCUAUCUCCGUAUAUCUUCGUCCUAUGUGUGGAAAGCCUUAAUCAAGUAAUAGAGGAAGCUAUCAUUGGAAAACGCUGGAAACCGAUCCAAGUAAGCAGGGGUGGCCCAACACUGUCAAACCUCUUUUUUGCUGAUGAUAUUAUGCUCUUUGCGGAAGCCUCUUUGGACCAAGCCCUUGUCAUUUCUGAUUGUCUUCGUAGGUUCUGUGAGGCAUCUGGUCAAAAGGUUAGUCACAACAAGUCUAGUGUUUAUUUCUCAAACAAUGUACCCAUGGAUACCAGGUCUUCGAUAUGCAAUACUUUAAACAUGAGUAUGACAGAAGAUAUGGGCUCUUAUUUGGGGAUGCCGACACUGACGAGUCGUGUAACCUGUGAAACUUUCAAGCACUUAUGUGAAAAAGUUGAUCGACGCCUCUCGGGAUGGAAGACAAAAUACUUGUCCCUAGCUGGAAGAAUCACUCUUGCAAAAUCCACUAUCACCUCUCUAGCUACCUACUCGAUGCAAACCGCCAAGAUCCCCCGGACCAUAUGCGACAACAUUGAUAGGAAGACUAGACAGUUUAUAUGGGGUGGAGAUGAAGAAAAGAGGAAGAUCCAUCUCUUAUCAUGGGAAACUCUGCAACUGCCAAGGAACCAAGGUGGACUAGGGGUCAGGUCUGCUAGGCAAGCCAACUCGGCCUUUUUAACAAAGCUAGGUUGGAGGGUCUUAACCGAACCCAAUGCUCUUUGGUCAAGGGUUCUAAGGCAUAAAUAUUGUAAGGGUCGAUGUGACAUUGAUAUGUUCAUCCCAACGUCGAAUAUGUCAAAUGUCUGGCGUGGCAUUACAGAGAAUGCGCAUUGGGUGAGAAAAGGCGCAUCGACAGCCAUAGGUAAUGGAAGAUCAACUUUGUUUUGGGACCAUCUAUGGGCAACUGACGUUCCACUUCGAAGCCUUGCCACGCAGCCAAUACCCUCCGAUAUUGAUGGAGCUAUUGUGAAUGAAAUGUGGGAAACAGGAGGGGAAUGGAGCUGGGACAGAUUUGCUAAUCUCCUACCAGAGAAUGUACUGAAAACAAUCGCUGCACAUAAGGUAGUUGAGGACCCAUCAGUUGGCGAUCUUCACUACUGGAGGGGGACAAAGAAUGGAACCUUCUCUAUAAAACAUGCACUUAGAAUAACUCGUAGUGAGAAUGAAGAUGCUAUUGACCCAAAGUGGGAAUUGGCAUGGAAAACCAGGGUCCACCAACGAACUAAGACCUUUUUAUGGCUUGCGCUCCACAAUCGUCUACUCUGCAAUGCUAACAGAGUGUGUGGGGGUACCGCCAAUUACCCUUCCUUCCUCACAGGAGACCUGACUUCAUGGCUCACUCGUAACUUGAAGGCAGCAGACCUCAUUCACUCAGAAAAGUGGCCCACCGUAUUCGCAGUUACAAUAUGGUGGAUGUGGCGUUGGAGGAACUGCAUAGCCUUUGGUCGUGACAAUGAAGUACCAAUAGAUGCAGCCACUUUCCUACAAGCCAAAAUAGAAGAAACCUGGAGAAGUUUCAACUCUCAAAAAGAAGGUGGAAACUCAGCACCUAGAACACGCCAAGAAAUACAAAUCAAAUGGCUAGCCCCACCCCCUGACUGGUUCGCAUUGAACACUGAUGGUGCAUCAAAAGGGGUCCCUGGACCCGCAGGAGGAGGAGGAGUCCUAAGAGACGACAAAGGCAACUUUCAAAGAGCUUUCGCAGCCAACUUUGGGAUUUGUACUGCAUACCGUGCUGAAAUGAUGGCGGUUGCUUUGGGACUGGAUAUGGCAAGGGAGAUGGGCAUACAGAAGCUAGUAAUUCAGAUGGACAAUGAAGCUUGUGUCAAAGUGAUCAAAAGCAACGAAUUCCCAGGAGGGGAAUGCCACCAUAUUAUCAAUCUUUGCAGGAGCUUAAUCGAAAUGCCAGGUUGGGAAGUAGUCAUUAUCCAUAGACUCAGAGAAGGAAAUAAAGUAGCGGAUCGUUUAGCUAAUCUAGGAGUUGUCCAAGAAGAGAAGGGAUGGGUUUCGGGUCUUCUGGCAAGGGAUCGACAAAUUUCGCCGGAUUUUGAUCGGUGGUUUGGUUGUGAUUCUUGGGCGUUUUUUAUUUGGUUUGAUUCGCCUGUUGAAUGUGAUGUGGUUAUUGCAGUGCCUGAUUCUGGGGUUGUUGCUGCUCUUGGGGAUGCUGAGAAAGCUGGUGUGCCCUUUCAAAAGGGUUUGAUUAGGUCCCAUUAUGUGGGGAGAACCUUUAUCGAGCCUUCACAGAGGAUUAGGGACUUUGGUGUGAAGCUUAAGUUGGCGCCGGUGAAGGCUGUUUUAGAGGGGAAGAGGGUUGUGAUUUUGUCGACGAUGGCUUGA